UACAAAUUGAGCAGGAGUGAAGCAUCUAUGCCUCACUAUAUAAUGAGUUGAAUAAUUGAGUAUUUGUAACUUGUAAUUGCAUAAAGAGAUGGGGCUAACUGGUAAGUUGAUUGCCCAAAUAGAGUUCAAGCAUGGAGGAGAUGUAUUACACGAACUUAUUAAACACAAACCACACCACAUAUCCAACAUGGUACCUCAUUUAGUACAAGGUUGUGAUCUCCAUGAAGGGGAAUUUGGAAAGGUUGGCUCCAAAAUCUGCUGGACAUACACUCAUGAAGGAAAGGUAAAGAAAGGAAAACAGGUGAUUGAAGCCGUAGAGGAGGAAAAUAAAUUAAUCAAACUUAAGCUGCUUGAAGGAGAUUUGAUGGAGGAGUACAAGGACUUCAUUGUAACUAUUCAUGUUGAAACCAAAGGUAACAUAGAUAUGGUCUCGUGGACUUUGGAGUAUGAGAUGCGGAAUGAAGACGUUUCACAUCCAAUUUCUUUGCUGGCUUACUUCAUUGAACUCACAAAAGAAAUUGAGGCUAAUCAUUGAAAUAUAAGUUUUUCUAUAUUGUGUACUCCAAUAAGAUGUGUGUGUGUGUUUGCACAUGUGUGGUUGUGCCUGCAAUGUGUAAUUACGUGUUGCUUUUAAAAGUUUGUGAUAUAGCUAAUUAUGUAUUGGUCUAUCGGUAAGAAAAUAUUGGACAAUGUCUUGUCUUGUUCAAUACUUCUAGUCGACAUGCAUCCACUAGGUAUUUUAUGUUUAAAUUGAUAAGUUAUACUUUUUAGAUAA